AUGAAGAGUCAGAUACUGUUGCUAGCUGCGCUCAAAGUGCGCAGCGCGUUUUCAGAUCCUUCACCUUCAGAAGUUGUUUUUCGCCGAAACGGCCUUCGGGGCACUACGGCCAAUGAUACGUUGGCUAUCGAUAUAUCCACGUCCUGGGACCCGGAAGAUGUAACAAUUCUGAAACUCGCCAGCGUACCGAGAAAGAAAGGGGUCUUUAGAAGCGCACUCGUUGCCGAUGAAAACACGCAAGCAAUCUAUCUCUGGGGGGGUAGGAGACAAGUCAAGCCAGUUGACCGUCUUCUGUGGAAACUUGUGCCCGAUGCCAACGGGAACGGCACAUGGAAUUCCGAAAUCACCACGGGCAUCGACGGGGUGGUCAGUACCGAGUCUAGCGCUCAUGCCGUAGCGCAUGGCUUGGGAUUCUGGUUUGGAGGUGGCAUAAAUCUCCUGACUGAAUAUACGUCGGACGCACCGGCUAUAGGAACACCAGUCCCUGGAUUUGUCACCUAUAACUUCACUGCGAAGACAUGGACGAACCACACCGAUGUACCUAACGCAGUCAAGAGUCCAUGGGCUGCGACGGCCAAUUUUAUUUCUGGAUUUGGACCUAAUGGGAUUAUAGUUCUCCUUGGUGGUUUGAGCAAGGCGAAAUCUCCGCUUGCUGUCGAUUUCGGAACUAUCUAUCUCAUGGACCCGGUGACUAUGGCGUGGUAUACUCAAUAA